AUGUGGGCAAUCUCUAGAUCUUCUCGCGAAGUCUAGAGAUUAAUGAAAUGGGUCGUCGAGUCAUCUCCGGCGGCUGUCACCCGGCAGAGCAGAAAAAUGGCAACUUUGCGGCUCUCCGGCGGCUGUCACCCGACAGAGAGGAGCUGGAUGGAGGUGGGGGGCGCAUGUCAGGGAGCUUCAUCCUCAGGUCCGCGCAGCAAGAAGAGGCUCUUCAUCCAAUCUAGUACGCUCUCAGGAGGUGGCAACUCGUCUCCCAGCGGAUCGUCCUCUUCACGACGACGGCUUGUUCGUCGAUCAAUCGGAGAUGAUUUACUCGAUGGAUUCACGAUCCUUUUAUCGCGAAUCGUUUAGCAAUUUUAGUAGCAAUGUUCCGCGAAUCGUGUUGACGAGAUUUUCGUCGAUGAUCCAACGAUUCUCGUUGCUUAAUCCUUCACCGGCGAUCUGCAAGAAAGUCGCGAUAAUCAGAUAAAAAUAUAUGAAUUUUGACUCUGGGAGGAUUUGAAACCGCACCAGUUGUCCGCCCUUUCUGAGGAAGGUGUGACGCGGGUUUAGUCCCACAUCGGUUGUGCGCCGAUUUUUCGGGCAAAUAUAUAGUAAUGUUAGCUUUCUAAGCAAAGUUCCUUCUCUCGCGUGUACGACCACUCAUUGCCCCACAGUCGGCUGGCCACCGGUGACGUGGAAGGGGAGUGGCACACACGUGCCCCUAUCGGUCCAAGCCGCUCGAGCCCCUGCUCGCGGCUACUCCCCGACUGAGCUUCCGACCCACUUGCGGGCCCGGCUGACCGGCGGGUCCCCCCAUUUUGCAAUAUUUUAGUUUUAUUUCUUUUUCUUCAUUUAUCUCAAAAGUAAGAUUGUAAAAAUCAUAUAAAUUCAUAUAAAAUCACAUAAUUACCCAAAAAAUCACAUUAAUCAAUUGAAAACCACUUUUCACACUUUAGCACAAAUAUAAGUCUAUUUAUCACGAGUUAAGGCUAAAACUAUAUUAUUUACUAAUUAUUAACUCAUGAUAAUGAAGACUUAUCAUGCUGUAAAUGAUUUAAGCAUUCAUCAAAUGAUUCACCAAAAACAGAAAAAUCGUCCAUAAAAAUUUCCAUACAUUUUCCAAUCGUAUCAGAAAAAAUAGACAACAUACAUCUUUGAAAUGUGGCUGGAGCAUUACACGGACCAAAAAGCAUGCGUUUAAAAGCAAAAGUACCAAAUGGACAAGUGAAAGUUGUUUUUUCUUGAUCUAAAGGGUUUAUAUAAAUUUGAUUAUAACCAGAGUAUCCAUCUAGAAAACAAAAAAAGUUUUUUCUAGCUAAUUUUUCUAGAAUUUGAUUAGUAAAUGGCAGGGGAAAAUGAUCUUUUCUAGUAACUGAAUUUAAUUUUCUAUAAUCAAUGCAAACCCUCCAACCAGUAGUUAAUCUUGUUUGUAUUUCAUCUCCAUUUUUGUUUUUGAUAACCGUGAUCCCUGAUUUUUUUGGCACCACUUGUGUAGGACUAACCCAUUUGCUAUCUGAAAUAGGAUAAAUAAUAUCAGCAGCCAGCCACUUUAAAAUUUCUUUUUUUACAAUUUCCAUCAUGUUAGGAUUUAAUCUUCGUUGUGGUUCCUUGCUAGUUCUAGCCCCCUCCUCUAGAUAUAUACUAUGCAUGCAUACACUCAUAUCAAUGCCCCUUAGAUCAUCCAUUUUCCAGCCCAUAGCCUUCUUUUUUUUUCGAAGUACAUCUAAUAAUUCUUCUUCCUGUUCAUCACUCAAAUCAGCUACAAUAAUAACAGGAAAUGAAUUAUUUUCCUCCAAUAACAUAUAUUUUAAACUAGAGGGAAGAGGUUUCAACUCUAAAUUCAGAUGAUCUUCCUCUUUCUUUUCUUCUAAAUUUAUAUUCUCUAUUUCCUCUAAUUCUUCCAGCACACAGUCAUCAAUAACAUCUGGAUCAUCAAAAUCAUCUAGAAGAUCUAUGGUAUGACAAUCAUAUACUUGGGAUUUCUUAAGAUCAUUUGAUACCUCAAAAAAUUUAAUUUCUACUGAUUGAUCUCCACAUGAAAUUUUCGCAAUACUUGUGGGAAAAUCAAUAUUCAUCUUUGCUGUAUACAAAAAUGGUCUCCCUAGGAUGAUUGGCAUAUCAUAAAACUGUCCAUUAAAAUCCAUUUCCAACACUACAAAAUCAGCUGGAAAUUUACACCCUUUAACUGUCACUAUCACAUUUUCUAAAAUACCUUUAGGAUGUUUUAUGGAUCUAUCAGCAAAUUGUAAGGUAACAGUAGAAGGUUUAAGAUCAGAAAUAUUAAAUUUAUCACAAAUACUUGCAGGUAAUAAAUUAAUACUAGCACCGGUGUCAAGUAAUGCAUUCUGAAAAAUGGAUCCACCAAUAUCACACGAAAUUAAAGGGACACCUGUAUCUCUCAAUUUAUAUGAUAAUUGAUUUAAUAAUAAUGUACUAGCAUGCAUAGAUAAUUUUUCUACUCUAGGUGCCCUUUUUGGUGUACACAUUUCUUUCAAAACUCUAGCAUAUUCAGGAAUAUGUUCAAUGGCAGUGAGUAAAGGAAGACUAAUUUGCACAUCUUGUAAGAUUUUCUUUAUUUCUUCAUUGUGUUCCUUUUUCUUUCUUUGUCUAGGCUCUAGAGCUUUAGGAAAUGGAAUGGUUGUCCUCUCUUUCGAAAUUUCCUUGGUAGAAUCUAUAAAAUCCUCUUCUACUCCUAUUUGAUUUUGUUUUGGGUUGUCCAUAUUUUCUUUUUCUUCUAAUGUUUGGGGAUAAAGAUCAGGUAAAAUCUUACCACUCCUUAAUGCAUUCACUGUCCUAACAUUUUCAUUUCGUGGGUUUUUUCCUAGAUUCAUGCUACUAGACUCCCCUUGCUAAAAUCCUAUUGUUGGACGGUUCCCUGGAUUUUCUAUGGGCUGACUAGGUAGCUGUCCCUCUUCUCUCUUAUUCCCAAGGGCCUCUAUAAUUUGUUUCUGGUGCUGCAUCAUUUGAUUUAUAGUUUGUUGCAUCAUUUGAUUCAUAGUUUGUUGCAUCAUUUGGCUCAUUUGCUGCAUCAUUUCUAUAGUAUCAGAUUUGGUUUGAGAGGGCUGAUUUUUCUGAAAUCUGUUUUCUUGUUUUGGACAAAAUUCAGAGUUUGAAUUGGGUCUAAGUGCUUCUGAGUUUUGAAUAUUAUUUGGGUCUCUCCAUGAAAAAUUAUUCCUCCAAUUAGGAUUAUAAGAAUUUGAAAAAGGUUCUCUAUUUCUAUUAAAACUGUGAGCCACUUGCACUUGUUCUUGCAUAGGGUGAAAUGAUUGAUCUAAGUUAGAACAUUGAAAUUCAGAAUAAUCAUUUUCACCAUACAUAAGACGUACUAUUUGAAUUAAGUUGAGGGUUAAAAGGCUUUCUAAUAUUGUCAAUAAGUAAAUCAAUUUUUUCUAAUCUUUGAUUAAUCUAAUUAACCUCAUUUCUAAGUUUAGAAUCAUCAUCAUGAUGCAAUUCAUAAAUUCCUCUCUUCUUAUCCCUAUCAUAUAAUUCAAAAGAGGCUUGAUCUCUAGAAUUUUCACUUAAAUUCUCAUAAAGACUAUAAAUCUCAUCAAGGGUUUUCUCCAUAAAAGCUCCUCCACAUAUAGAAUCAACCAUAUUUCUAUGUUAUUCUAAUAAUCCAUCGUAAAAAAUUAUAUUGAGCUGCCACUUGGGUAUAGAAUGAUAAGGACACUUUCUAAGUAAAUCUUUGAAUGUUUCCCAUGUCUCAUGUAAAGUUUCUCCUGAUCUUUGAGAAAAACUCCAUAUAUGUUUUCUCAUAUUUUGGGUUUUUCCUAAGGGAUAAAAUUUUCAAAGAAAGGCAUGUUCUAUGUCUUUCUAGCUAGUUAAUUCUCUAUCUAAUGUGGAUAGCUAAUGGCUAGCUUUGUCCCUGUGUAUGAGGAAAUAAUUUCAUCUUAAUAAUUUCCGACGUAACUUGAGGGAGAUUAACUAAAUCAUAGACAAUAUGAAAUUUUUCUAAGUGCUGAUGAGGUUCCUCUAAAGGCAAUCCAAGAAAAUUAGGGAGCAUUUGAAAAAUUCAUGAAUUUAUUUCGAAUUUAACAGUGGGUGCUAAUGGGACUCUAAUAUUUGAUGCUCUUUGAAAUGAAUCAGGGAUAUAAUGAUUUUUCAUGGCCAUAGGAUUGUUCUCAGUUUGACCUGUACUUCCUUCAAGAUCCAUCAAAAUUAAUUUUUCUUUCGGAUUUUUAUUUUUGAAUGAAAUAAUGAAAGGAUUUUCUAGUCUUGGAUGCAAGGAUCUUCUACCAUGCAUAAAAAUCAAUAAAUUCGAGGGAAACAUUUAGUAAUUGUUACCCUCCUUCAGGAUGUUCCAAUCCUUGCCUUGCUUCUUUUCGUUCCCUUUUUCUAAAAAAAAUUGGCAAAAAGAAAAUAAAACAAGAGUUAAAUUUUUUUUGUGUACUCUAAGAGAAAAACAGAAAAAUACUAAAUAUUAUGCAAUACAUCCCCGGCAACGGCACCAAAAUUUGACGCGACUUAGUCGUUGUAUAUUAAAUCAUGCAAAUAUAAAAUUUAUAAAACUAGAAAAUACGAAUUUUCAGAUAUUUAGAAGUAUUUCUAAACAAAUAUACCAAUUAUAAUUCAAUAAAACUUUCAAAAAUAGCGGUAAUUUUCCAAGUCAAUCACAGGGAUGUAGUAUAAUAUCUGGUAAUUAUUCAAAAUUUUCCUCAAAGAAUAAUAUUUUAUAUGAAUUUUAUACUAAGAAAUGAAAAGGAAAUAUAUUUUAAAUUCACUAAAAAAGGAAAUAAGGGUGCGGGUGUCAGGAUGACAUCAGCGCCCGGCGAACGUGAAUCGGGCGGAAACAAAGUUCCACCCGGCGAUUCUUACGUAAGCGAUUACAAAUGAUUUAAUUGAUCAAAUUAAGAUUAACAUCUGGUAAUUAUUCAGAAUUUUCCUCAGAGAAUAAUAUUUUAUAUGAAUUUUAUACUAAGAAAUGAAAAGGAAAUAUAUUUAAAAUUAACGAAAAAAGGAAAUAAGGGUGCGGGCAUCAGGAUAACGUCAACGCCCGGCGAACGCAAAUCGAGCGGAAACAGAGUUCCGCCCGGUGAACGCAAAUCGAGCAGAAACAGAGUUCUGCCCGGCGAUUCUUACGUAAGCGAUUACAUACGAUUUAAUUGAUAAAAUUAAGAUCUGUAAAAGAUGGAAGAAUUGUAAUGAAAUUAAGUAUAUGUUGGUAAAUUUAAAAUCAACAAAUUAUCACUAAAUGAAACGGAAAUUAAGUUGAAAGCAGGAAAACAGAGUUUCGGCGUCGCGACGGCGAUGCAUCAGAAUGCUGAGCGUUCGGGAGGAUCGUCGUUUAGUGUCCACGGCCUCGAAGGCUCUCCUUGGACAAAGACGACAUGGGCAAUCUCUAGAUCUUCUCACGAAAUCUAGAGAUUAAUGAAAUGGGUCGUCGAGUCGUCUCCGGCGGCUGUCUCCCAGCGGAGCGGAAAAACGGCGACUUUGCGGCUCUUCGGCGGCUGUCACCCGACAAAGAGGAGCUGGAUGGAGGUGGGGGGCGCAUGUCAGGGAGCUUCAUCCUCAGGUCCGCGCAGCAAGAAGAGGCUCUUCAUCCAAUCUAG